AUGAAUUAGAGUGCAAAUUACAGUAAGUCGAAAUUUGAAUUUGAUGAAAUAAUGCAACAAAUUGAAAAUGAUUCCCCAUUAUAAACUGUCUAUAGAAAAAAUAGCUUCGCUAUUAAGAAUCUAAAUUUAUAUGAUUCCCCAGAAGAUGAGAUGGAACAAACCGAUUAUUCAGCUAAAAGUUUAUCAGAAAGUUAAUAAAAUACACAAAUUUGA